AUGGAAGUGGCACAGUGGUACGACCGGCAGAUGAAGGCCCGGCCGCUCUUCACCAAGGCCCUGAGCUCCUCCUUCCUGGCGGCCUGCAGCUGUGCGGUGGCGCAGGCGCUUCGGCGCCGUGCGUCUUUGCGGGAGCUGGCGAGCUUCACUUUGCAGGCCGCGCCGCCUUUUGGUCAUCUCUGGUUCGAGCUCUUGGAGGCGAAGCUGGGGCCGGGCAGGAUCCUCCUGAAGACCCUCGUGGACCAGGCGCUCUUCCGGCCCGUGAUGCUCUUCUACGGCUUCGUGCUCGGCGGGCUCUUGAGCGGAAAAACCAGGGCAGAGGUGCGAAGGAACGUGCGUGAGAACCUGGUUCAGGUGCUGGUGGCCUCCUGGAAGGUCUGGCCGGCAGCUGUGCUCUUCACUCACAGGUUCAUUCCAAGGCUUUACCAGUCAACCUUCACGGAUGUCCUUGCUUUUUUUUGGGAUGCAGCCUGGCUACCAUCUACGCUGUCGUUAUCCGCCCGGUGCACCGUCUACUUGCUCCAAGGUCUACGAGAGCUCGAUGAUCAAUUGCUGAGAUGGAAAAGUGCUGGCAUCAGCUGGAAGUCGCACAAGUGGAGCCUCGGCGGGCUGCUCGUUUUCGUGGCGAUCAUGCAGAUGGCCGAUACCUGUCUCUUCGUGUCCCGGCCAGGGCCAGGGGCACCCCCUCCUCUUCCUCUUCGCCGCGCGGUGGUCCUGGCACCGCUGCUAGGGGCGGCCGCUCUGAGCGGUUCUGCUCCUGCGAUCGCCGCGGCCAACAAGGCCUCGCUCAAGGCAGACCAAGAGAAAUUGAUUGCAGGCUACAAAGACCUGGUUUACAUGAUGCAGAACUUCAACAAAGUCACAAGGAAGUGCGACAAGAACCAGGACAAGAUCUCGCAGCCUCUGCAAACCGGCUUCGCGGGGCCUGACAGCUGCCUGGCGCAGCCCUUGCAGGUGAGGAAGUACUUGGGACAGACCUCCAUCAAAGCGAACCUCUUCGACACCAAGCAGAUGCUGGUGAACUUCGAGUUGGCGGGCAUGGUCCCCUCGGGUUUGGAUGACGAGUAUGGAGAUCUGGUGGAGGACUUCGAGAGGUACAAGCGCGAGGCGGACGAGUGGGCGUACUCCUCCAGCUGGGCCGAGGCAAGGAUCGGCCGCAUAGAUGCAGCCAGUGCGGACGGAUGGGGCAUCGGAAAAGCUGCUCGGAAGCUGUUGGCAAAGCACACCACCAUCAAGGCGGGUGAAACAUUCCUGCUUCUUGAAGUCAGAGGUGCUGAACGCCUCAUUCGCAUCAAAGACUCCCACACAUAUCUGGGCACAAUCAUCGCAUACCAGGGGAGAAAAGGACCUCAACCUCAGCCACAGAAUCUCGGCCGCCCAGGCCAGGUAUCAACAGAUACGGAAGGUCUUGAAUGGGAAAGGUCCCAUCAGUACCAGGCACAGACUGCGCCUCUGGCAGGCAUGCAUUCCUCCCUGCCUGCUCUACUCCCUGGAAGCCACAGGAUGUACAGUGGCUGGCCUGCAGCACCUCAAGACUCUGACCACACCAGGACACCCACCUCAGAGGUGUGGGCCCAGGCACGUCUGCCUCCUCCAGAGACUGCCCUGCUCUUGCGACUUCGACACCUCUGUCAGCGCAGGGACCCUGCUAUAGCACAGCACGGCCCGGACCUUGUCUCCAACGACGGUGUUGCUUUGCAAUUAGCCUCCCUCCUCAGUCGGCUUGAAGGUCAGCUCCAGACCAUGCAGACGCAGGCACACCAAUCGGAGCAGGAGCUUCACAAUUCUGAAGUCUUUGCUUGCCAGCACUGCGAUCAGACGUUUCCGACUGCUCAUGCUAGAGUAAUCCAUCACUCUAUAAAGCAUCCUGACCUGGACCCGCCCGAGGACAUGCGACAGAGGCCCGUUUUCUCCGCUCCUGACCACGCGCCUGCCCAUCUUCCCAUAGCAGACACAGUAGGCACAGAGCUCACCACGGACUCCGCUACGGCGGGCUCAGCGACUGUGCCAAAAGAGGACCUCAGCAUUCCACUUGUCCGGCAAAGCAGCUUUCUCGACAAUCUGCAUAACUGGGAGAGGUUGUUGGACGAUCGCAGUGUCAAGAUGACGGACCUCGAGGCGGAGAUCUUCGCACACUGCAUGCCAUCGGGAGCUCAGGCCAUCAUGCAACUUCCGGACAGCAGUAAUCUGCCCAACAAGCGACAACGACCGGAACAGGGGAAACCGUUUGGCCGAAUGAUGGGUCGCCAGGGCUACCGACAGCCCCAGCCAUCAUACACGGCUCAUCCUUUUCAGCAGCCUCACGUGGCCUCGACACCUUUUGGAGCUCAGCAGCCCCAGGACGGCCAUCUUCGUCUACUGAGCAAGAUCGUACUGAAACAGGAAGAACAACUAUCGCUCCUCCGCAAGGACACACAGUUUGUCUUGUUUCUGAGGCAGGACGACAAGUCGAUUCUGCCGGCUCUGAUGGCUGCUUCGAAGGAAUGGAAGGCCAAACAGGAGGCGGGCGAGAACCUUCAGUCUUCUCAGCGCACUGUUCUGCUGAACUGUCUUCUUCGCGAGCUUCUGGCUCGUGUGCAGAGGGUAGUGGCCACGGCACCCGGCCGAGAGUCACUCAAGAAAGCCGAGUGGCUGAAGGACGAGAACCUGUGGUCUUAUCUUCGAUGGGCUCCGAAGCAAAAGCGCCUCGUGGUCGACGACAGCAAGGAGCCGCUUCUGCACGACGAGGCCGUGCGCAUUCUGUCAGAACUCCAGAAAUCCAUCACAGGGGACAUUGUGACAAAAUUCAACAGUACGGUGAAUCUGGCAAGGCUGGAGGAGGAGGGCUCAGGAGCAACGGAAGUCCACGAGCAGCUAUGCAAACUUGUGGGGUCAUCGAUCACCAACCUCGCAGCCUUCAGCAUGAGAAAGACGACCUCCUACGCACACCACAGGCGAAACAGCUGGCUCAGCUGA